UUUAAAUUAUUAUGCAUAAUGUGACUGUCUGAGUCCUGUACUGGCCCUACUGUAUCCUUAGUUUCAUUUUGCUUCUUGCGAAUUUUUAAAAUGCUUUGGGCAACUUAUGUCUUCUAAAAUUUAAGCUAUCAACCUGGCUUCUCCUGUUUUUCCAUAUGAUAGUCGUAACAGCUGUUUGCUAAAAACAUUUUAUGGAACUUACUUUUAACAACCCUAAUGACAUUUUGGUUAAUACGUUGCUGUCAAAAGAUAUAUAUCUUUUAGUUUGUUUUGAUUUGUGCUAUGUUCAUGGCUGCUUUGUUUCAUGGUCACAGUUAUGUCUAAAAAAAUUUGUGUAAGAUAUUUCAGCAUGGUAGCAUAUAGCCUAAAUAACCUAUUCUUAGAGUAAGGCAGAUUGUAGUCACAUGAGUUUCCUGUCAGCAUAACUUUUUAAAACCAAGUGUCAAUUUUUUUUUUUUUUUUAUUAAAUUUAUAUCAUUCUUUACAUGUGCUAAGUGUCGAGAAACACAACUUUUAACUAGAACUCCUAUGGUGUUGUUGUAGCCUAUUGCGUCAUAGCUUAUCUGGUUAUAAUUCUAGCACUUUGUGCAGAAAACCAGGGUUCAAUUUCCCUUGGCAGCUAUUAAAUGUGGGCAAGUGCAUGUUACCAUAGCCCCAGGUUCUCAAGCCAUGUGGGGAAAUUGGGGAUAUGGUACAAUAUGUGGGCUGUUGUAUGCUGCAGGGAGUUAUCUGGUAGAGUGCAGACCCUAAUUUGGUCUGUGUAUAACGCGAAAUAACCAUUAAAUACUCUAGGCUCCCCAUUUUAGCCAUGGCCCCUCCUGGAAAAAAUAGAUGGUAAUAUAUAUUCCUCGAUAUUUGUAAGGCUAGCCAUGUAAAAUAUGCACCUAUUCUUGCCUCACUCCUCCUCUGAUCUGUUAUAUUCGCAAUUUUCUUUAAGCAUUGUGUGUUAUUUUGUGUUUCUAACUUGUUAAUUUGCAAAAGAAGCAAAUUAUUGUUUGUCAGUACAUUAUUUAGUUUUUAUAAUGUAUAUGCAUGAUUGCAUACAUUUAGACGUAAAAAUAUCUACAAGAUGGUAGGUAUAUGACUUCCAAGAAUGGCUUUAUCAAACAUUCACGAUGUAGCUCAUCAUAACAAUGAACAAAAGGGUGUAACUGGUAUUGCUGAAGUAACUGAUGAGGAGAAGCAUUUUCGUCCAAAUCCUGAUGCUAAGCCAUUUAUUCCAAAUCCAUUACCAAUUGCUCCAACGAACUGGCAUUUUUAUCCAAACGAGAAUGGAAAGAGUGUGAACGGUUAUGUUUCGCCAUUUUGGGUCCAUCAACCGGUUGAUCCUGAGAACUUAAUAGUAGCAGGUUCCUCAGCAAGUACGAAUACUCUCAAAAAACACAUAGCAUUUCACUUAGUCUCAAAUGUAUUAGACGAUGAAGUUCCUGAAGACGUGAUGAAGGAGCACAUUCCUGUCCUUAGCCCAAGAAUGAAUUAUCCUCACCCUCACCCGUUGACGCAAGAAAGGAAUCAGUACAAUAUCACUGGGAAUAAUAUCGUUGAUGCGUGGCAUUCCAAUACAUCGAAUUUUAACCUGCCACUCAAUGUGGAUAGAUCAUCUUCUGACAAAAGCUCCAUUAACAAUAAGUCAAUUCAUGAGAUUUGGUCUCCGGAUCCCUCUCCGAACGGAUUAAAUAACCUUUCACCAAGUGACGAAAUGUUGAAUCAAUACAACGCAACCAUUCACCAGUCGCAGCAAGUGAUCGACAGUCCAAACUCGUUAGAAAGCCCUGAGCUGUCAUUUGAGCAGGUGCAGACCGAAAUGCUAAACCAGCAUGUCGUAUACAGUAAUGAGAUAAACCAGGAAAACAAUAAUGCAAGCAAUCAACCCCAAUAUUGUUACCAAAACCUUCCUUCGCCUGUGUUCCAACAAUACAACUACAGUCCUGGUAUACAGCAUCAACAUAGUGCGGAGAUUUACCCCAAUGUUAUACCGCCAACAAAAAGCAACAUCGUGAUGGACAACGCCAGACCUGUUGUGAUGGAUGCGCAGAGUUACUAUGGCAACCCGCAUUACGUAGGUGGUUACCACUACCCUGAUGUCAACAAGAACAGAGUGAGACAUAGGUAUCAUGUUUCGCAACGCCCUGCUCCAGCUGUAUUAUUCGACAAUCAAAUGAGCAGCGUAGAGGAGCUGGGGAUAACAUUGGACGAAUGUCGAGAUCAGUUGAGACAUUUGGACAGAGAUUUUAAGAAGGCUGAUCAUUGUUUAACAAGUCAAUUUCGUUUACGUAAGUCGUCACUGGGUGAAGGUAGCCCUGUGAAAUAUCCGCCCAAUGCAACAAGAGUGGACAAACUUAUUGUUGAUCAACAAAGACAACAUCAAAAGGUGGAAUCUCUCAUUGGAAGAAUCGAGCGUUUGGGUUUUACGCCGUUACAUUCGAAUGUAGGAGUCACGUUAGAUUUGUGGUUGGGUGCGAUUAAAGACUUGCGAGGCGCAAGAAAGAACGAAUUAGCAAAUAUGAGCGAUACCAAUAGUGGUUACAGUAAAUCGCACACUCAAAAUGAUGUGAUGAAUUUGGUUUCUGCUGUCAGAGAUUUGACCAAGCUGACUCGAACAGCACGCACUAUAGUAUGGUGCGCCAUACAGAUGUUAUAUGCAGGCAAGUUCAGUGGAUCCAGCAGCGGGGAGUGACUGCCAAAGAAAGAUAAUCCUGGGAGCAGUACACAUCUGAUGCAAAAUUUCAAACCUCUUGAAAUAAAGAGUAUUCACGACAUAAAUGUUUGUCCAGGUGUUUAAACUAGCGACAGUUAGAAAUCUGGUUGAACACGUUGACUAAUAACUACAGUUAUAAUGUACUUUUUUCAAUUUUCAAAUUAAAACGCGACCAAAUUUUUACAAAAGUAAACAAACGAAGCAGAUUAUCAUAAGAGCGGAUUAUUGGAUGUCAUUUAUUGGUGGUUUCUACGUGCUGUUUAUGUGAAGAAUGGUUUCUAUUUGCGUUAUUUAUUAAAGAACGUUUAAUGUGAAUUAUAAUAUUAAUGAUUAUUACUUUAAAAA